AGUGAGGUUCUCACCCCCGCCCCCCGCCCCUCGCUCCCAUCCCCAGUUCCAUCAAAGCGAGCCCGGGCCAGCGCAAGGAUCUCCGAGUUGCGAGUGUGCUGAGGCUGGGACUGUCACUCAUUCUCCGAUCAGCGCGUGAACGCAGCUCGGCGGCGGCUGGCAGGAAACAAUUCUGCAAAAAUAAUCAUACUCAGCCUGGCAAUUGUCUGCCCCUAGGUCUGUUGCUCUGCCGCCGUCCACACUCGCUGCGAGGGGGGCACAGAAUUCACCGCGGCAAGAACAUCCCUCCCAGCCAGCAGAUUACAAUGCUGCAAACUAAGGAUCUCAUCUGGACUUUGUUUUUCCUGGGAACUGCAGUUUCUCUGCAGGUGGAUAUUGUUCCCAGCCAAGGGGAAAUCAGCGUUGGAGAGUCCAAAUUCUUCCUGUGCCAAGUGGCAGGGGAUGCCAAAGACAAGGACAUCUCCUGGUUCUCCCCCAAUGGAGAGAAGCUCAGCCCGAACCAGCAGCGGAUCUCGGUGGUGUGGAACGACGACUCCUCUUCCACCCUCACCAUCUACAACGCCGACAUCGACGAUGCCGGCAUCUACAAGUGCGUGGUCACCGGCGAGGAUGGCAGCGAGUCCGAAGCCACCGUCAACGUGAAGAUCUUCCAGAAACUCAUGUUCAAGAAUGCACCGACCCCGCAGGAGUUCAGGGAGGGAGAAGACGCUGUGAUCGUGUGCGACGUGGUCAGCUCCCUGCCCCCCACCAUCAUCUGGAAACACAAAGGCCGAGAUGUCAUCCUGAAGAAAGAUGUCCGAUUCAUAGUCCUGUCCAACAACUACCUGCAGAUCCGAGGCAUCAAGAAAACAGAUGAGGGCACUUACCGCUGUGAGGGCAGAAUCCUGGCGCGGGGCGAGAUCAACUUCAAGGACAUUCAGGUGGUUGUGAAUGUGCCGCCCACCGUCCAGGCCAGGCAGAGCGUUGUGAAUGCCACUGCCAACCUCGGCCAGUCUGUCACCCUGGUGUGUGAUGCUGAAGGCUUCCCAGAGCCCACCAUGAGUUGGACAAAGGAUGGAGAACAGAUAGAGAAAGAGGAAGAUGAUGAGAAGUACGCCUUCAGCGACGACAGCUCUGAGCUCACCAUCAGGAAGGUGGGGAAGGACGACGAGGCCGAGUACGUCUGCAUUGCCGAGAACAAGGCUGGCGAGCAGGAUGCGUCCAUCCACCUCAAAGUCUUUGCAAAACCCAAAAUCACUUACGUAGAGAACCAGACUGCCAUGGAGCUGGAAGAGCAGGUCACGCUGACCUGUGAGGCCUCGGGAGACCCCAUUCCCUCCAUCACCUGGAGAACCUCCACUCGAAACAUCAGCAGUGAAGAAAAGACGCUGGAUGGGCACAUGGUGGUGCGCAGCCACGCCCGCGUGUCGUCCCUGACCCUGAAGAGCAUCCAGUACACAGACGCUGGAGAAUACAUCUGCACUGCCAGCAACACCAUCGGCCAGGACUCGCAGUCCAUGUACCUUGAAGUGCAAUAUGCCCCCAAGCUACAGGGCCCAGUGGCUGUGUACACUUGGGAGGGGAACCAGGUGAACAUCACCUGCGAGGUAUUUGCUUACCCCAGUGCUACGAUCUCAUGGUUCCGAGACGGUCAGUUGCUACCAAGCUCCAACUACAGCAAUAUCAAGAUCUACAACACACCCUCGGCCAGCUAUCUGGAGGUGACUCCGGACUCAGAAAAUGAUUUCGGAAACUACAACUGUACUGCCGUGAACCGUAUUGGACAGGAGUCUUUGGAGUUCAUCCUUGUUCAGGCAGACACCCCGUCUUCACCAUCCAUCGACCAGGUGGAGCCCUACUCCAGUACUGCGCAGGUGCAGUUUGAUGAGCCUGAGGCCACAGGCGGCGUGCCCAUCCUCAAAUACAAGGCUGAGUGGAAGGCGAUGGGCGAGGAAGCCUGGCAUUUCAAGUGGUAUGAUGCCAAAGAAGCCAGCCUGGAGGGCAUCGUCACCAUCGUGGGCCUGAAGCCGGAGACCACGUACGCCGUACGACUGGCAGCCCUCAACGGCAAGGGGCUGGGCGAGAUCAGCGCGGCCUCCGAGUUCAAGACACAGCCAGUCCGGGAACCCAGUGCACCCAAGCUCGAAGGGCAGAUGGGAGAGGAUGGGAACUCUAUUAAGGUGAACCUGAUCAAGCAGGACGACGGCGGCUCCCCCAUCAGACACUACCUGGUCAAGUACCGAGCGCUGUCCUCCGAGUGGAAACCGGAAAUCAGGCUCCCGUCCGGCAGUGACCACGUCAUGCUCAAGUCCCUGGACUGGAACGCCGAGUACGAGGUCUACGUGGUGGCUGAGAACCAGCAGGGGAAGUCCAAGGCAGCUCAUUUUGUCUUCAGGACCUCGGCCCAGCCCACAGCCAUCCCAGCCACGCUGGGAGGGAAUUCCGCGUCCUACACUUUUGUCUCCUUGCUGCUCUCUGCAGUGACUCUUGUCUUGCUCUGUUAGGAACUUGAACACAAAAAUUUGCUUAAAAGCCCAGUUCCUAUGAAAAUGAUCAGUACCCCCUUUGGAUGAACCUGUCAGGACCACCACGGGCACUCACUGGCCACUGAGCAAGCCCUCUGUGUGGAAGAGGAAGGUUUUGCAAUUGGAAAAAGCUUUACCUCCAGACAUUUUGCCAUCCACAGAUACCUUCGUGCCACUUCGGAAGGAGUUCGCCCCCUUUUUCAUGGCAGUUCAAAAUUUCAGAGCUCUUUCUUUAAAUACUAUUUUUUAAACAAAGAAAAAGCAUAAUACUAGGUUUACAGAGAAGUUUCUGCAUAUCUGCUGCUUGUUGCAUUUUUUUGUUCAUGCCUAAAAUGUAGCAGAGGAAGAACUCUUAAGUACCUUAUAAAGCUUGCAUCAAAUUGUUAAAAUCACUCAUGUCCCCCCACUCUAACUCUCUGCUGCUCUUCCCCCUCCCUUCAAUAGGUAGUUGGCUUAGCUUGCCUUUAAAUACUGAAGUGCCCGCGUGGAGAGAGUCAGACUGUAGUGAUUCGUUUGAGCACUUCGCUGGCAUGACAGGCAAAGAUGAAGUGCCCCGAAGCCCACGCCCGAGGAAAGUGUUGCAUUUGCUGGGAUUUUCUGGGGCUAAUGAAACACUCUGCGAGAUGCUCUGAUCCUGGUAGCAUAGCCAGCUCCUUGUGCCGGCUCUGUGAACAGGGUCGAGCCAUGAUGGGCCCAGCACGGGUCAGUUUUGAAAGGGGCUUGUCCCCAGGUCGGGCUGCAUCCCCUGCUGCGGGGACAGCAUGUCACAGAUCAGCACAGAGGCUCCAUGUCCUGGGCGUUGUGGUCCAACUGGGACCUGUGUAAUCGCUGUAUGUUGUCAGUCCUCCAGGCAGGCUGGAACUGUCCCCUGUGAGCCAGGCGUGAGUCCUGUCCAUGCCCAGAUGCGUGGCAGGGGAGGGAUUGGCCAUCCGGACAGCCCAGCCCCAGAGGGCCAGCACACGGGGGCCGAGUCAGCCUGCCUGCACCUCCUGAAUGUCCCAGCUGCUCUGUUGGGCACUUGGGUUGGUGACACUGUUAAAACACUCCUGAAAAGCCAAGUGCUCCCUGGCUUCAGCCUGCUGUUGGGGACCCACGCAGGAGAGGCAGUGGGUGUGCUUGAAGGUCCUGCAGAGACCCAGGGCCGGAUCCCGCUCUGGAUAUGUGUACUUGGGGCUGGGCCUGCUCCUGAAUAAAGGCUCCCUCCGGUCACUGUGGUCCCCUGUCAUCCUACACAUCUCAUCGCUGAGUGUCUCCAUGCCAGUUUGAUUUUUGUUCCUUUUGGUUCUUUGUGUGUAUGUGUGUGUGUGUUUUCUGUUGUUGUUUGUUAAUGUUCAAAGACUGGCCUUUCCCUUUGGGGAUCCUCAUGGCCCCUAGCUGUGCUGGCACAGGCCCGUGUCCCCGGCGUUCAGUGUGCAGGCUCACAUGCAGCCACAGGGGCUACUCGCAGCUCAGCAGCUCCCACGGGCGAGUGCCCCUCGCCCCCGCCACAGGCCUCUCCCCGGACUCCCUGACCAUGCUUCUCCCCAGGGCAACAGAUACAGCCAGGGAGAGGAAGCUGCGCCUGCAGGGCCCAGUAUGAGAAUCACAGGGCAGGGUGGGAGAGCGCCAGGGAAGGCAGAAGAGGCCCCCACCAUGGUCCUCCCCACUGCUGUGGUUGUCUUGGGCAUGUGUACUCACCCUAGGGGACCGGCUCAGGGUUCUGCCUCACCCUGGUCCCAGGUUCACCCACAGGGGAGAGACAGGGUCAGGGUCUCUGAAGGGACCCUUGGUUGAUGUGGCCCUAAGUAUGCAGCGACCUGGCGUGGACCCUGUCCCCUCAGCACAUCCAGGGGCCAGGCAGACCUGAGCUGGGGCGACUUGGAGGUUAUUGCAAUGGGCCCAUUCACUCAGACAGGCCUAUGGCUGUGUCUCCCUCUGGGAGACAGCAUAGGUACACCCCAGCCCCCACUGCACCAUGGGUUCCCGGUGAAGCCUGUGGCACACCCUGCAGGAGUGAGCACCUCCCACCUUGCUCUGCGCCCUUCCCACGCUCCAUAGAGCUAUCCACAGGCCACACACCAUAGGGUUCCUCUGCUUGUUUUUUUUUUUUCGGGGUGGGGGGCAUAUUUAUAUAGCAGGUUUGGAUCACGUUUUUCUACUAACAAGAAUGCUAACGUUGUGUAGAUAAUCAGCGAGGCCUUUAUGAAGUUGACAUCUUUGCAUUAUUAAAGAGAAUAACAGUUCAUGUGAACUCACCAGCGUGUUUGGAUUUUAUUUGGUAGUUGUGUGUCCAACAAAGUUUCCAAUGCCCCUUCCCUCUACCUCCACGUGCCUGGCUGUCUGAUAACCCAGAGAGACCUCACCUGUCUAGCUUGGCGAAUGCAGCGCUAGCCCAAAGAAACAGACUCCCUUCCUAAAGCUUCCCUGGGAGUCAGCCAAGAGUCCAGCUUGGGGGGGGUUGCCCUUGCAGACUGGGGAGGGUUGUCUCCAUGGAAACAGGGGCACGUUUUCAGACAUCAGAUGCACGACUCUGUAGCAAGGUUUCCUUCCUGCCCUCACGGAGGCUGCAGAGAGUGAUCUUGCCAUUGAGAAAAUCCGAGAAGGUUUUAGGGACCUGUGUGCUGCUUGUCAUCACACUUAGACAUGUCCUGCAAGCCCCUGCCAUCAGCUGUCUGUUGAGCUGAUUCUAGGGAGGAGCAAGCGUGCAUGGAAAGGUUUAUGAAUAAACCAGAACCCCCUCGCGACAGUUCUGAGAAUCUGACAGUCGGAUCGGGGAGGAAAGAGUGGGAAGGGAACUUCUGCUCCAGGCUCCUGUAGGACAGUGACUCCGGCCCGUUGGGCAUCUAAAAUGCAAGCCCUUGGUCCUAUCUGAAAGUUGAGGAAGUGGACAUAUGCGGGUCUCAUCUGGGGGCCAGCCAGUUCCCUCUUGAGUGCUAGUUCCUCUCUCAAGCCAGGAAACACAGGAGACAGCCCAGCCCUGUACUCUCACCCCCAGGGUGGCUGUGACCUCUGAGGUUUGGAGGAAGCUCUCCCAGGAAGCCUUCUUUGUGUGCGAGAUGCAUGGAUGUGUGAGCAAGGGGAGGUCAGGGGGAGGGUCACACACACGCCAUGGAAGGGGCUUUAUUUUUCCUUCUGCGGGAUGUUAGCCAAGACUCAGGAGACAGUCGGUCCUCUGGCUUUCCUGGACUAAGCAGUUCUGUAACAUUCGCAAGAGGGAAUGAACGUUGCCUUACCUUGGAUACCCUUUUCUCUGUACCAUGGCAUGCCCUGUUAUGGAUUCUUCUCGGGAAAACGGCAAGCCUUCUCCCGCCAGCUUGAGAAGAGCCUUGCUUGCUCCAGAUGUCUAGACUCUGGGCAGUCAGUGGUGGUCGGGGUCACCCCUUUUUUGGAGGGGGAGAGUAUCUUCUCUCGCAAUACAUCCGGCUCAUCAGGGCAAGAUGGUACAGUUCACAGUUGGGUGCGGAUCACCGGCCAGCUACAAUACACUGUGGUGCAGGGGAGGGAGAACCCAGGAGGGUUGGUUCUCCUAUGGAUCCCUGGGCUUGCUUGUUCCAAUCCUGAUGUGGAACCUGAGCCCAGCGAUCUUGAUUCCAUGGCAAUGGGAAGCCCCAGAUGCUGGAUCUGUAAUAAGGCACCCCAGAAAGUCCACUGCAGGUGCAAAAAUCCAUGAGUUGUAAGGUAUUUCUUUUUCAUGCAAAAACAAAAGCUCUAGAAUCCAUGACUAAAGAUGGGACUGAGCGAGCAUUUUAGUCUUCCAGGCAAAAACCUUGGUGCACACCACGGAGGACACUGGCACUAGGGAAUCUAUAGCUGUGCCAAGAUCUGUAGAAUACUGACCUGGAGAGCCAGGCUCUGUGGUUGAAGCCUCCCCUAGGCUCAGCCCCAGCUCGAAGGCCUCCAGCAACAGGGAAGUCAGCUCCCACGCUGUGCUUGAACAGCUCGUCCUGUCUCAGUGGAGCUGCACCCUGUCCCUGGGCCCCUUGUUGCCAGCCACUGGUGCCAUGCCCAGUUAGAUGCUUCUGUCUUCUCAUGACACACCUUUAAAUUACGAAGCGGCCUUCUCAUCCCCAUGGGAAAUACUCAUUCAUGUGUGCAGCAAGUAGUCUCGGAGCAUUUUCUAUGAGUUAAGGUCCAUUCUAGAUGCUGGGGAGACAGAAAGGCAGGGCCCCUGCAGAGAGAAUGGGCUGUGAAUGCAUGGAAGACAGCAGGCAGUGUAAGAAGAGGAGAAAACGAGGGGGUGUGGGAGACUUGGGGGAGAGGUUCCUCCUGGGGGAUGCCUCUCCGAGAGGGCUGCAGGAUGACAAAGAGCCACCGAGGAAGGAGCCCAGUCCUGGGUGGGCACAGGCUGUGUGUUCACCACCCAUCCGGGUUUGCACCAUGAGUCACCGUGGUCCGAGGGGUUAGCAGAGUCCCCAGCAUGUACAGGCCAGGAGAAAGACUUUGGAUUUCAUAGCAAAUCAAAGGGGAGACCACUGCCCUGCUCUUGGCUUAUGGCGCAGUUCAGAGUCUUCUCAUCCUCCUGUCUGUGCUCAGAGCAAGUGUGGGCCUCCAGGCUGGGUCUGAUGAGCACAGAGCAAACACUGCCCCAGCUGCCAUCCUCUUGGGCACAGAGAGCGGCUUUUCAGCAGUUGCUUCUCCUCUUUAGACCUGUGAUUAGUCCCGCAUUCUCACCUUCACGCAUAAACCUCAGAAUGCAGACUUGGUGCCACUGAAUCAAACACAAACCAAAAAGCACAGACGUAUCGCCUCCACCACCACUACCAAAAUAAAAAAGCCUGCUUCCGAUCCCCACUUGAGGAAACAGACAUGCCACGCUCGUCAGAUACAGAGGCUCUGCGCCCAGCAUCAUGGGCUGGAGAGCAAACCCAAGACUGAAAUGCCUUCCUUAUUAAGGGGAAUGCGAUCCUGUUGGCCAUGCUGGGCUUGCACCCUGUACCCUAAACUGAAGUUUGAAAUGAGGAUCAGUGGGUGGGCCUGUCGCUAGGGAAGCACCACAGUGCCUGGGCAGAGAUCCCUGGGGCAGUGAGGGGAGCCCCCCAACAAUGAGACAGACAGUCGCUGGAUCCCCUGGGCCACGUCCAUGAUCCAUGUGACUUGUGGCUAGAGGGCCCCUGGGCCUGGCCUGGAGCUCAGCAAAGCACAGAGUUAGGUGGGGCCAAGCUCCGGGUAGCACUGGCCACAGUCCCCACCCCCAGUGCACUGAGCUGAUUGGUACCAGGGAGCCCUGAGAGCCUAGGAAGCUUCAGACAAGGUCUGCUUGGUGGAGUGAGGCUGUUAGUUCCGUGUCCAUGUCCUUCGACCAGGGAGGGGGAACCUUUGUUCUGCUAAGGGCCAUUAGAAUAUUUAUAACAUCAUUCACAGCCUAUACAAAAUUAUCAACUUUAAAAAAUUAGCCUGCCACGUAGAUGUAUUGAAUUUUGGGUCCUGCCAGCAGUUCCCCUGACAGGGCCAGGCCACAUGGUUGCAAGGCCUUUCCCCACCCCUAAACAUGGAGUGGCCUGGAGUCGCUGCAUCCACACUCACCGAUCAGCAGAGUUGCUCAUGGGCUCUUGCUUCCUGCAGCACAACCACUUGUCUCCCAGCCGUGUAGAACCCACCAAGGUCAGCCGGUCCACCCUCACGGCUCCCGGGGCCCCCAAGCACUGAGCCCCUGCCCUUCCGGGACAGCACCAAUAGCCUCGGGCCCUGGAGGGCUCUGCAGACAGACACCAAGGGAGUUAGUCUCAGGGGCUGAUGCGUCCAGCCAGAACCAGGGUGCUGGGUGCUGCUGGACUGACUGUGAGAACGAGUGUCUGUGUGUGUGCGGAUGCUUGCUCUGCGUGUAAGCAUGCCCGUCUGGGAGUGUGCAUCUCUGGUGAGUCUGCGGGUUUCCCCGAAGUCUGAGCCAAGCGUGCCGGAGCUCCCAGACGGUGAGUAUUCCCAGACGGGUCACCAUGCCCUCCAGGCCUGGGCAGCUUCCACGUCUCCAGAGCCAGGUGGACUUUGUUCAUCCUCCCGGGUACCGUGCAGGAGGGUGAACCAGGAAGAAUGAGGUCCUCUGGAGCCAUUCCUCAGGCAGGGCAGGGAGGAAGUAGAGGUGGCUGGUGGCUGAUGUCCCUGAGGACGGCCUGGAGCCCUCCUCUGCCUUGUCCCAGACUGCUGUUGGGAGCCACAGCCCAGCCUGAACCUAGUGAGCACCACCUGAGAAGCUAUUCACCUGCUGUGGAGGAGACAGCCACACCCCCCAGCUGCUUCAUCCCGUGUCCCAGCCUGCUCCCAGGACUCAUGGGAGGCCUGCAGAGGGUGGCUCUGGGGAAGGCUCAUGACCCUGUCCCUAAGUCUGUGACAUUAGAUUGUCAUCUCUCCCUCAAGAUGUAGAGAGACCCUGUUGUCUCAACACCAGGGUGUAGGAAGGUCCCAGGGAAGGUGUCCCUCUGGACAUGAACACCCUGGCUCUGUCCUGUGGGCCCAACCCCAACCCCAAGGGCUAUUGCUUUGUAGGGUCCAGGGUUUCCAUGUCUCCACCUAUUAACCACCA